AUGCAAGAAAACUUAAUUGAUUUAAAAAAUGAUUUAGUUUUCAAAAGACUAUUCACUGAACAGGAGCUAUCUGAGUUUUGGUUGUGCUUAAACUCCAAAUUUCCUAAACUUAGUAAUGCGGCCAUCGAAUCAUUGUUGCCAUUUGGAAGUUCCUACCUGUGUGAGCAAGGUUUUUCAACACUCACAGAAAUGAAGUCUAAGAAGCGCGAAAGACUUCAAAUGAUAGAUGAGGAGAUGCGCGUUUGUCUUUCACAAGUACAUCCCCGUAUUGAUUUGAUAUGCUCUCAAAAACAAUCGCAAUGCUCGCAUUGA